AUGACAACGGUCAACAGCAAUCAAACCAUGAUGACAGCUGACAACAAACAGAUCAUGAUGACAGCUAUCAACAAACAGAUCAUGACAACAGUCAACAACAAUCAAAACAUGACAACAGUUGACAACAGUUGGAACGUGACAACUGUCAACAAUGUUCCUGUUCUUUUAUUAUCGUGCCUCUUGGUUUUUGCUUCCACUUUUGCUUCGGUGGAGAAGCGGAGCUUCGUCUGCUACAUUCCGUACGGCUGCUUCCACUCAGAGGGAAAUCUUAAGACUCCGCAGAAACCGUCCAUAGUCAACACUCGCUUCCGUCUGUACCAGAGAGCGCAUGCAUUUCAUGUAGCCGAGACAGGAGGAGAGAUAUUUGCUCCUGACAUUGCUCCCUUCACACAUCAUGUCAAUGCAACCAAGAAAACCAAGAUUCUUGUUCACGGCUUUUUGAACAGUGGAAGAACGGAUUGGGUCAUGAGAGCAAAGGACGAAUUGUUAGUAAAGGACGACUUUAACGUAAUCGUUGUUGACUGGGGUUCUGGAGCAACCAUGCCAUACGAACAAGCAGCAGGUAACGUAUAUCUUGUUGGAGCAGAAGUGUCCUCCAUGUUGAAACAUUUACAUGACUAUGCCCACGUAAACUACGCUGAUGUUCACAUCAUUGGUCAUAGUCUUGGUGCCCAGAUUGCUGGACUAGCAGCCCAUCCACUUACCCGUAUCGGGCGGAUUACAGGUCUGGAUCCAGCAGACCCUAUGUUCUCGGGAAAACCGGUAAGCAGACGACUUGAUCCAGAUGACGCUAUCUUUGUUGACGUCAUCCACACGGAUGCUACAACCUUCGUAUUUACAAAAGGUUAUGGAACACGUGACAUUGUUGGAGAUGUCGACUUCUUUCCUAACGGUGAUGAAUAUCAACCAGGCUGUCCAGAAAAACCGGCCGGAAGCGCCUUGAGCAGUUUGCUACAGGGUGCAUUUGGGUCUGUAGCAACAUCAUUGUCAUGCAGUCAUGGAAGAGCGCAUGAAUAUUUCAUCGAAUCCAUCAAUUCACCCUGUAAAUUUUAUGCUCAUCAGUGUGCUUCAUUAGCGGAUUUCGACAAUGGACGGUGCAUUGGGUGCCCUGCUGGCGGUUGCACAGUGAUGGGAUACGACGCAGACGUCUCGUCACCUCAUGGCGUCUUUUACCUCAGUACUUCCACCCAUUCUCCAUAUUGUGGGCAUGAGUAUGAGAUGGAAAUAGUCAUCUCUCAUUCGAUGAAUGGACACUCUUACGGAGAAUUUUUUGUUACUCUCAUUGGAACGAAAGGGCAAACCAAAGAACUAAAAUUUUCACGCCUGAUGCAAUUUUAUUUUACUGAUACCACGGAGAAACAUAUCCUUGUAGCCCACGCAGACAUUGGUGACCUUACCGGGGUCAAGGUCAGAUUUGUUCGUGGAGACGGGUUGAAGGCUAUCGGCUCCGAACACGAAGUGGUGGUUAGAUACGUUACUGUACAGUCGGCAGGGAAGCCGGGCGGGAAAAUCAGAUUUUGUGGACAUGAUGCACAUAUACAAGAGAACCACGUGGCAACUCUUCAUUCUUCCUCGGGAUGUUGAAGACCUGAGAUGU